CCGCUCCGGCUCCGCCGGCUCCCGCGCCCCCCGUCCUCCCGCGGCGCGGCCAGAGGCCCCGCCGAGGGGGCGGGCGCGGCCCCGCGCCGGCUUAGGCCAGGGGGCGGAGGACCCGGCUGCCUCAUGACUCCCGGGGUGGCCCUCGAGCGGGCGAACCCGGUGUGCAGCGCGGCAGUAGAGAAUUUCGUCCACCAGAGGCACCACCAGAGCCACCUGAAGAAGGUCACGCGUCACAAGUCGGCCGUCAACAAUGCGUGGAACAGCCGGGACGAGAUCGUCAUGCAGGCCGUCCGGGCGCGGGUCAAGAAGCGGCACCAGCAGAACGAGGACCGGCAGACCGAGAUAGAGCGCGAGAACGUGCGCCUGCUCGUGCGCCUGCACGAGAUCGACGCCGCCGGCAAGGCCACGCCGAGCGCCGCUGGCCCCCCGACCAGCCGCAGCCGCUGCAGCAGCCAGCCCGCGGGCAGCGCGGCGGCCCUGCGCGGCGCGGGCUCGCGGGCCGGGUCGAUGGUGCAGGAGAUGCGCCGCAUCGACCAAGAGAACCAGCACAUCCUCCGCCGGCUCCGCGGCGCCAAGUCGACGGUGAACGUGGGCCAGCUGAAGCGCGAGGCGCAGGAGAAGGAGAAGCUGAUGCGGCUGCGGUGCGAGCAUCAGCAGGCCGGCUGGAAGGCCGACCACUUCAUCACCAGGUGCGCCUCUGAGGGCAGGCUGGUGCCGCUGGCCCCCGUGCCGGAGGGCGGCGGCGGCGACAGCAGGCCCGGCAGCCGCGGGUGCGCCGGCAGGCCAGCGGGCGGCGGCAGCAUCGCAGGCCGCCGCGCAGCUGCGCUGGGCCCCGGCGGCGACGCCGCAGGCGAGCCCGCGGGCGAGGAGGCCGCGGACGGCGACGCCGUGGACGGCGACGCCGCCGAGGCGCAGGGGCCCCCCCCGCGGAGGGAGAAGACCCCGCUCGGCGGAAGGAUCCCCGCCGCCUCCCGGGCGCUCUGCGCGGAGCUGCUGCGGCAGGCCGCGCCCCCGGGCGAGGAGCACGCCGGCGGCGCGGGGCCGGCGGGCGGCGACGCCCAGGGGGUCGCGGAGGAGGUCGCCGAGGAGGUCGGCGAUGCCGAGCCCCUGACCGCCGAGGAGGAGCUCGCCGAACUCGCCGCCGCCAAGGAGGCCGCGACCAGGGCCUUCCGCGCGGCCGAGGCGGUGGACGUGAGCAGCCACGAGCUGCAGUACGGGUACGGCGACCUCGUCAAGCGCGCAGGCCCCGCGCGCGGCCAGAGGGCGGGCGGCAGGGCGCUCUAG